GCCUAUGGCUCAGGUUGUGAUGUAGUGAUCUUGGCCAGUGACUUUGAGUGCGUGCAGAUCAUCCCGGGAGCUCAGAAUGGGAACAUACAGGUGGGCUGUGUGGAGUGCUCCCUCCAGCUUGGAAGGAUUGCUGCAUCCUACGGAAACACAGUCUGCAUCUUUGAGCCUCUUUCUACCAACCCAAACAAACGACACAAGCAGCUUAACUAUCAGUGGCAAAAGACAGGACAGUUCUUCCUCGAGGCCAUCACCUACACUGGCCUGGGACCCCCAAGGGAACCGUAUCCUAGCAGCAACUGAGCGGCUCCAACUGUGGGCUCCUCCACUGAAAGAUGCCCUGAUAGAGGAGGAGGAUGGACAGUUAAAUGAGGACAGGCCCCACCCUGUGUUCAAUGACUGGAACUGUGUCUGGCAGUGCAAGACUGCUGCAUCUGUUCACAUUGCCAAGUGGUCUACUGAUGGGGAGUACUUUGCAACAGUUGGGAAGGAUGACUGUUUACUUAAAGUGUGGUAUCCCACCACGGGCUGGCGUUCUGCAGUGGUGGCUCAAGACCACUCGGAUAAAAAACCUCCCCCUGUUCACUUCUCCUUUGUUUACCUGGCACAUCCCCGCAUGGUCACCGGCAUGUCCUGGAGGAAGACCAGCAAGUACAUGCCCAAGGGUUCAGUGUGCAAUGUGCUGCUGACAUCCUGUGAGGAUGGCGUGUGUAGGCUGUGGUCUGAGACGCUGCUACCAGAAGACAGCAUGCUUGGCGGGCAGAUCUCUGAGAACACGCACUCCUUCAGCUCCAGCCUGCCAAGCCUGGCAGGCAACAAGGACAAAAUCCAGCAUGCUUUGGAGUCGAUCCACCACCUUAAGCACCUGCGGCGCGGCCGGCGACGGUCCUCUGUUCUGGUGGCUCACAGUGAGGUGCUGCCCUCUCAGCUCGGCACGCAGGACGCACACAGCCACCGCCACAUCGCUCAUCACGCCAAUGCCCUGUGUCACUUCCAUAUCUCAGCCAGUAUUAACCCAAACACAGACAUCCCAGCAGUGCUGGCGGAAUCUGCAGUGUUUAACCCAGACGAUGGUAGUGGUGGUGGAGGCUUUGUCGUUCACUGGCUCAACAACAAGGACCUCAGCUUCACCGCCUCCAUGGACCUCUUUAUGCUGCAGCUCCGUAAGUUAUCUGAACAGCAGCUGGACCAGACUACUGAUGACCCCCUGGACUCCGAAGGAUCCCCCAUGAAGUUUGACUUUGACCUGGACGAGAUGUCUGACAAAGCGUCCUCAGAGCAGGGGGAGGAGGGGGAGACAGGGGAGCAGGGGAGCACCAAGGCGUCCUCUCCCGGAUCCAGCUCCAGCAUGCCUUUGCCCUCCAUGCUGCUGGAGAGGAAGAUGGAGACUCUGAUCACAGAGUGGAACAAGAGCCCAGACAUGUUGUUCACCAUCCACCCUACUGAUGGAUCUUUCCUGGUUUGGCAUGUGAAGUACUUGGAUGAAUUCAACCAGGGCAUCUUCAGGCAGGUUCAGGUAUCCUUUUCCUCCCGUAUUCCAGUGGCAUUUCCUACAGGUGAUGCCAACUCACUGAGUAAAAACAUCCUGAUGUACGCCUGCACUAUGAAUGAGGGGGAGAGUUCCAGUGAGCCGGGGAGGAUGGUUCAACCUGUCCCCCACUCUGCUUCUUUAUCGGGCGCCCUGGGAUCAUCCACCCUGGCCUCCAAUCCCAACCCCUGCCCUGGUAUCAGUCCUGCGGUCAUGAUGGUCUCGAAGCAUGUGGAUGGAUCUCUCAAUCAGUGGGCAGUGACAUUUGCUGAGCGCUCUGCCUUCUCCAACGUACUGACCGUAUCACACAAGUUCCGGUACUGCGGGCACCGCUUCCAUCUGAACGACCAAGCCUGCCACACAGUGCUGCCCCUGCUGCUGACCUCCUCUCACCACAACGCCCUGCUCACCCCCCCCUCAGCCCCUGGCAGCCUGGAGGAGGAGCAGCCUCCCACCUUUCCAACACCAAAGGGACUUUCCAGCAGGAAGCAGCUUCGUAAUGCAGCUACACGGACCUUCCAUGAUCCCAACGCCAUCUACAGUGAGCUUAUCCUGUGGAGGGUGGACCACAUUGGACCCCUGUCCUGCACUGGAGGGGUCUCUGAACUGGCCCGUAUCAACUCUCUGCACACCUCUGCGUUUAGCAAUGUAGCUUGGCUACCGACACUUGUGCCCAGCUCUGUACUUGGUAAAUACAAAAUGCAUACUCUGUAAACAGGGAUGUACAUG